AGAGUGAACGAGUAAGAAGAGAGAAAGAGAGAGAGAGAGUGAACGAGUAAGGAGUCAGAGAGAGAGAGAGAGAAAGAGUGAACGAGUAAGGAACGAGAGAGAAUGAGGGCGUGGUGUGAGGGGAUAGACGAACGGCACGUGCACGUUGAGUGAGUCUCUCAUCGCAACGACCUUCAGUUCAUCGCCAAACGUUACUUAUAAGAGUCGCGUGAUUUACUUGGUUCUAACCGGCACGAACAUAACCUUAACAAAUUCUUCGAUAUUCAAUUCAACGUGUCUGCUGCUAUGAUAACAGAUAGAACGAGACUCGCUUAUGUUACCGCAGCCGCAGUUGGCGCCGGUACAGCAGUUUUUUUUAUUUGGUGGUGGUGGAGUCGCAAACAAAAGUAUCGAGCACCUUCGAAAUGGAGAAAGGUCGGUGAACUUAGCGAUCUUGCUGCAUAUCCGGUGAAAUCAUUGGGCCCAAUUAGAUACACGUCGAUGGAAUGUACUAUGUUGGGCCUUAGAGUGGGAUGGUUACGAGAUCGUACAUUAAUGGUUAUCGAUCUUGAUGGAAACUUUGUCACUGGUAGACAAUUACCAAAAAUGGUUCAGGUAUCACCAAGUAUUACGGGUUCAGUUUUAACCUUGAAUGCACCAGGCAUGAUGUCGGUAUCAAUAGAUCUUGCUUGUAUCAAAGGAAAAGGUUUUCGUGCUGCGGUAUGGGGUCAAGCAGUAGCUGCUUGCGAUUGUGGAGAAGAAGCAGCCAGAUGGUUGUCACGUUUUCUCCUUCAGGAAGAUGCCGGUCUUCGUUUGGUUUAUUAUCCGUUGGAACGACCAUCAAGAGAAAUACGAGAGAAGAAUAGGAUUUUCCCUUUGACCGAGAGCAUAGAUACCGGUGCUUAUCCAGAUGCUACGAGCUAUAGUCUCAUAAAUGAGUCCUCGGUAACGGAUUUAAAUUCUCGAUUGGAAGAAUCUGUUACACCGUCGAACUUUCGAGCGAAUUUUGUCGUUAAAGGAGCAAUCGCCUUGGAAGAAGAUAUUUGGGAUUGGGUUAAGAUAGGAGACGUAAUUUUUAGAAACAUUAAACCUUGCACAAGAUGUAUAUUUACCACGGUUGAUCCAGAAACUGGUAAAAAAAGUCCGAAAGUCGAACCUUUAAAAACAUUGAAAAGCUAUAGGCAAAUCAUGGAUCCGGAUAUUCGUCCGUUUACUGGAGAUUGUCCGGUCAUGGGAAUUCAUCUUGGUUUAAGAGGACCAAAUGGUUUUGUACGUUUAGGCGAUUCAGUUUACGUUGGUAUUCCAAACGAGGAAGAAACCCCUGUAAUAUCGCCACCAUAGCUACACCGAUGGGCCUCCUGCGGAUGAAAUUAUUUUUGACGAAGUUAAUUCUCUCGUUGGAGACCAUAAAACGUGACGCGUUUACAUUGGGGGAGAUAUAAAAAGAAGAAUUAUAUUCAACGUGUUGUUCCUCUUCGAACUUCGAAAUAGAUUUUACGAAAAAACGUACUUAUUAAGAUUUAUUAGCAAUAAUAUUAAGAAAAGAUAUUUCGAAUAUUUUCGACAUAAUGGUGCCAACAAAAGUCAUCAUAAUCAAGAGUAUACGUACCGACGAUUCAUAAUGAAAUUUCUUUGCUAAUUAGAUUAAUUAAUUAUUUUAUCGUCGUAUUUAAAUAGAUUAGUAGUGGCAAUAUAUGCAUAUAUAUAUAUAUAUAUAUAUAUAUAUAUAUAUAUAUAUAUAUAUAUAUAUAUAUGAGAGAGUUUCCAUCGUUAUGAGUAUUACUGGAUUAGCGAGUUAUAUUUUUGUACGAUGGUUAGAAUUACGUUGAUUAGAUCUAUUUACUAUUUACUCGAUACGCUUUUCAAAAAAAAAAAAAAAAAAAAAAAAAAAAAAAAAAAAAAAAAAAAUGAAUGAAUGUCGAAUAACGAUAACUUUGUACAAAAGAUGUUAUCGAUUAAGAACAAAUUCUUUGGUAAUUGAGAUAAUUUUUUAAUUGAUCAUUAAAUCGUAAAGUCGAUUUAAAGAAGGAAAAAGAAAAAACAAAUUAAUAUACACUAGAUGUAUUUCUUAUUACAAUAAUAUUUAUUUACACUACAAAAUAACGAGGUUCGAUUUACACAUAUAAAUAUAAUGCGUUUCGUUUUGUUAUAACAUAAGAAAACACAUUCUUUCUUGACAUUACGAAUUGUCUCCUUGAAUUUUCUAUAUUAUUCUCUUUAGAAGUUUUCAAAGAGAGAAAGAGAGAAAGAGAGAGAGAGAGAGAGAGAAAGAGAGAGAGAAACAUUAAUUCCGUAUUCUGAGCGUUUGAAUAAAUACUUACGUAAUUUUUAUUACGAAUAAGUAUUUACGUAAAUAUUAUGCAUAAAUACGUACUUACGUUGAAUUGAAUUAGAUUGCAAACGAAGAAUUAGACAAAUAGAUCUUCGAAAUAAUGUAUAUUACUCGUUAAAAUCAAAAAUCAAUGGAGUUUGUAUUAUUUAAACAAUGAUUCGUUUAUUCGAAUUGUACGAAUUUACAUAGAAUUAACGAGACCAAAGAAAGUAUAAAAGAAAAAAAAAAAAAAAAAAAGGAAGGAAGGAAGGAAAAAAAAAAAGGAAAAAGGAUAAAAGGGCAAAAGAAAAGAGGAAGAGAAGAAAGAGAGAAUAGAAGAAACCUAAACCCUUCCACCAUAAUUUUUAUUAUUUCUUUUUUCGUUUUCUUCUUUCUAUCUAUUUAAUUCACUUUUUUCCAAUAUGAUCUUAAACGCUCAAUGACGUUACUCUUCGUUACGUUUGUUUUCAUUUAUUUAUUUAUUUAUUGUCUCUUUUGUUUCGUCUAUAAAAAAAAAAAAAAAAAAAAAAAAAAAAAAAAAAAAAAAAAAAUAUACUUGAGGAACGGGCAAAGAGGUACGCUUGCACUUAAUCGAGAGAUGAUAUUGAAUAAUAAUAAUAAUAAUAAUAGUAGUAGUAGUAGUAGUAGUAGUAAUAAUAAUAAUAAUAAUAAUAAUAAUAAUAAUAAUAAUAAUAAUUAAAAAAAAAAAAAAAAGGAAAAAUAAACAAAAAUAAAAAGGAAAACAAUCAGUGUCUGGCGCUGUGGAACGUGGUUCUUAGAAGAGACGGGCAGUGGUUAUACGACGGUUGAGGGGUGGGGGCACAGGUCUAUGUACAAAACUUUGCAGAACAACGUUACGUAGGCGCAAUUCGUCGCUUUUUUUUUUCUCUUUCUCAUCGAUCAUCGAAAUAAGCGCAUCUUAUGCGAUAUUCUAAUCGUGCGUGAGAAGCUUCGAUUAGAGAGGAUAAAUCAUUUCUUUUUUCUUUUCUUUUCUUUUCUUUUCUUUUCUUUUCUUUUAUCGUCGCAACAGCAUAAGACACGUUCUCUUGCGAAAUUUUUUGUUUUUAUUAUUAUCUUUUUCAUUAUUCUUUUAAUUUCUUCAUAGAUUCGUAAAAGUGAUUAUUAAUCGUCCAUCGUCUGAGAGCGGUGGAGAGGGGGGGGGGGGG